CUGAUCAAGGAUACACCAUCUCCGAUCGAUCUGUUGUUAGGCUCGGAUAUCCUCGGACAGGUUUUAGAUGGGACUAAAGUCUCAUUGGGGCCCGGCAGGCCAAUAGCCUUCGGCACGAUAUUUGAUUUUACAUUGUUAGGACCCAUACACGAUUUGUAUACUGCUCCCGUAAGCAAAACUGAAUCGGCUCACAUUGUCAGCGCACAACCAGAACUCGAGGUAUCUACACAUGACAUUCGCAAGAGCCUUGAGAAGUUCUGGGAAUCUGAAGAGCCCCAACUUCAUGUUGAAACUACCUGUGAAGAAAUAUUCCGCACUACCACUACUCGUAAACCCUCAGGUCAAUAUACGGUAACUUUACCCUUUUUACAUAAUAUGCCCGAGUUAGGAAGUACCCAUGCCAUAGCAUUGCGUAGGUUUCUUAAUCUUGAAAAGAAGUUACAAGCUGACCCAUAUCUCCGUGUGAAAUACAUUGAUUUCAUGGCAGAUUAUCAGAAGCUGGGUCACAUGUCCCCAUGCCACCCGAGUACUUUUGCUCAUAAGCCUCACUUCUAUAUCCCUCAUCAUGGUAUCUUCAAGUCGGGAUCAGACAAGCUACGCACUGUUUUUGAUGGUAGCUGUAAAAGCUCAAAUGGUGUCAGCCUAAAUGACUGUUUACACACUGGUCCAGCUCUUCAACAGGACAUUGUCGAUAUUAUCUUGUCGUUUAGAACUCAUCCCGUAGUUUUCAGCACUGACAUUUGUAUGAUGUUCAGAAACAUACUCAUACAUCCCGAUCAGAGGCGUUACCAGCUCAUUCUCUGGCGCUCUUCGCCAGAUCAGCCCCUGCUUACAUAUGCCUUAAACACUGUUACAUACGGGUUACGAUCAAGCCCAUAUCAUGCUAUACGCACUUUAAUCCAAUUAGCGGAUGAUGAGGGUCAUCGCUAUCCUGCAGCUGCUCAAGUCCUGCGCAAGUCCAUGUUCGUCGAUGAUAUUCUCACUGGUCACGAUUCUGUAGUGGGGGCUCAGGCUCUCCAAAACGACUUGAUUAACUUACUAGCCUUGGGUGGUUUUCAGCUCAGUAAAUGGGCCUCAAACUGCCCUCAGCUUCUUGAAAGAUUUCCCGAUGAUCAGUGUGACAUGCCCAAGGACUUUGACAUUAGCCCAGACUCCAACUCCAUAAAAGUAUUAGGUAUACAGUGGAUUCCUCAAUUGGAUGAGUUAACUUAUCGUAUUUCUCUCCCCUCAAUAAAACAAAUUACCAAACGCUCAAUCCUCAGCACAGUCGCCUCUCUUUAUGACCCUAACGGUUGGGUUACUCCUGUUAUCUUCCGCGCAAAGCUUCUCCUACAGAAGCUGUGGCUUCUAAAGUUAGAAUGGGACGAACACACCCCUGUUGAAGUGCAGACAGAAUGGAACCGCAUAUCACAGGAUCUGCCCCAAUUGUCAACCCUUCGUUUGCCUCGCCUUAUUUGUACAAACAAACUUAAGUCUACUUACUCGCUUCACGGGUUCGCAGACGCCUCAGAGGCAGGUUUUGCUGCCGUUAUUUAUCUCCAUGAACUCGAUGAGCACAGAUGUGUCAACGUAUACCUCGUAAUUGCUAAAUCACGAGUCGCACCCGUUAAAAAUCGUCUUACCAUCCCCAAGAUGGAGUUAUCUGCUGCAAGUCUCUUAACACAGCUUAUGAUACGUGUCUCGACUCAAUUGUUGUCCCAUAUUACUAUAAAGCAACACAUAUGCUGGUCAGACAGUACCAUUGUCCUAGCAUGGCUAAAGACACCUCCUCAUAGACUUCAGGUCUUUGAAGCUAACAAGGUUGCCAAGAUAACAUCCAAUCCAAUCACCUCCACAUGGAAACAUGUUCCUACAAACCUGAACCCUGCAGACUGUGCAAGCAGGGGAAUGUCUGCCCAGUCACUAUCAGCUCAUGAUCUUUGGUAG